GCCAACAACAAUAGAAGAUGUGGCAAAAUUAUUUUUUGUUUUAUUUGUAAGAUUUUUGGCUUAAAAUGGCAGCUGAGAACGAUUUGAGUGCGUUGCCGCCUGGUCCGCACCCUCUUUGCUUCAAUAAGGAUGAUUUUAUGAAGGAUGAAUUCCAUGUUGAUGAGUUUGUUGCCGAUUGCCGCAGACGAGUUCAGCUGGAGACAGUGCGAGAUGACUUGUCAAUAUAUCUUAAAGUCCUGAAGAAUGCUAUGAUAGAACUCAUCAACAAAGAUUAUGCAGAUUUUGUCAACUUAUCAACAAAUUUGGUUGGCAUGGACAAGGCUAUAAAUAAUCUGACCGUCCCCCUUGGGCAGCUGAAGGAAGAAGUGUUGAGUGUGCGCACAGCCAUAGACGAAGCCAUCAAAGCCACUGAGGAGAAACUCCAGCAUCGAAUGAGAAUUAAGGAGAAAAAGGAUUGUUUACACCGGUUGACCAAUAUUGUCAGUUCUGUCAAUAAGAUUGAGAAAUUGCUCGGUAUCCAAGCUGCUGAUGUAUCUCCUGUGCAUCACACCAGUGAAUUAAAUGGCCAGUUACUCGAACGUGUUGGGACCGAAUUCAACAAACUGCAGUUCUAUGUCAGCAAAUGUCGUGGACUGUCAUUGGUGGAACAAAUUAAACCAAGAAUAUCCAACAUUACAACCACAUUACAGUACAGCCUUGAGGGUCUCUUCCACGAGAGUUUACUGCAAGGGCAGACGGACAUACUCCGCCAGUGUCUGAGAACAUAUGCCACUAUCGACAAGACGAAGGAUGCGGAGAAUCUAUUUCGGCAGUAUGUGGUUAAACCUUACAUGGAGCAGGUCAUAACAGAAGAGUUUAUCCAGGCAAACGGUCAAGGUCUGAGGGGUAUGUUCCACAGGGUGUUGGAGUUUAUACCACAGCAAUGUAAGACGCUGAAGGAAGUGACGUCUGGCGCUGCUCAAAGCGGUGGAGAAGUUGUAAGGGGCUAUGACUUCCUGGUCAAUGCCGUAUGGCCUGAAAUAGUCUAUAACAUAGAGGCAAGAACACCCUCUAUGUUUGCACCUGGAAAUCCUGACAUUUUUCAUGAAAAGUAUUUAAUAAGUAUGGACUUUCUGGCCCAGUUUGAACGCCAUUGUGGAUCCCAGGCCAGUGUGAAGAGGUUACGUGCGCAUCCCAGCUAUAAUACGUUCAUGUUCAAAUGGAGUUUACCAGUUUAUUUCCAAAUUAGAUUUCAAGAAGUUGCUGGUGCUAUGGAGACAGGUCUCUUCUCCCCGUUCAGUUCAUCCCAAGAAGGCCUAUACCAGCUGCAUGCAACUCAAAUAUUGUGGACUUGUCUGCAUAAGUGUUGGUCGAAUAAAGUGUUUGUAGCUCCUCUGUGUCAUCGAUUCUGGAAGCUCUCCCUACAGCUUGUGGCACGCUAUGUCACAUGGAUCAGAGAGGUUCAAGAAAAAGAGUUGACAGAAAAACCAGAGGAAAAAAGUAAACCAGAAACCAAGUCCAAUAUAGGAAAUGGAGAUGAGACCCUGGCACGUAGGACACCAUCACCAGCGCCAGCUCCUCCACCUAUCACCAUGGCUCAGAUCAUUGCAUUGAUUGCUGAUGCUCACAAACUAGUCCAACAGCUCCCGUCCUACUUUGAGCAGACGAUACGGCCGAGACUUGCCGUGGUGGGUUGUCGUGACAACCAAGUCUACCUGGACAGCAUCAGCGAUUCCCAAUCAUCUCUUCGAGACCAAGUGAACAAGUUUGAUGAGUACAUCAUCUCUGAGCUGACGAACCAAUGCUUGGUGCAUCUGAAAAUGGUGAAUGACAUUCCGAGGCUUUACAGGAGAACAAAUCGAGAAGUUCCAAGUAAAGCAUCAUCCUAUGUGUCGACAUUGACAAGGCCCCUGGUUGUAUUUGUAGAGGAUCACGAGAAUCUACUACUUGAGGAGAGGAAGUCAGUCUGGCUGACGGCGGUCCUCACGAGUCUCACAGACCAGUAUUUUACCAUCACGUCUGAUGUGUUGACAUCGGUGAAGAAAAUGGAAGAUAGUUUAAAACGUCUGAAGAAAGCACGUGGCUCAAUUGCGUCGCUGGGCCAAGGCAUGAGUGACGAUGAUAAGAUUAGACUGCAGAUCGCUAUAGAUGUAGAUGCAUUAGGUGAACAGAUCACUGGUUUCAUUUCCGAAAAGAAUUCCAUCAAGUCGUACCAGAAGUUGUCAGAUAUGGUGGAGGGCGCAAGGAAAUCAUCAGAAGCCAUUGCUACAGUCCAGUCAGAUGCUGAUGCCAAAUAGAUUGUGGGCAAUGUUAUAUACCAGUUGUCAUGUGGAAAUCAAGUUUCCACUCACACUGUGCAAAUAUCAGGCACUUGGUAAACACAAUGCAAAGAAAAGCGCUGUCAAGACUGACCAGAUUGUCAACAUGUGAUUAAAUUGUUGUACCAGAAUAUCUGUAGAGAAUAGUUCUGGGUUGUGGGCUGAGCUUUCUAAUCCUCUUUAGACAGAACAGUUAAAGACAUUGUGAGAGAAAGUGAGUUCUCUUGAGAAAUCCGUAUAAAUGUUAAAAGUUUUAAGCAGUACUUAAAUAACUGUAUUGUAUACUGUCCAACUAACACCUGAGACUAUUAUAAACUACAUGCCAAAUGUACGGAAUGAUGUUCAUGUAAGGAAUGAUGUUCAAGUGUAAAAAUGUAAAUAAACAAUAAUUUAU